GUACAUUUUUGUUGACACACGAGAAUCCGACCCAUGCAUGCACACACACACACACACAGACAGACACACUCUCACACACACUCACAGAGAGGAAAUAUUUUUCACUCACGCAGAUGGCUACUACCUCACUCCUCUCUCCUUCUCUUUCUAUAAGCAGGUGUUAAUAUGCAGCACUAAACUAUUAGAGACCGACAAAGAGAGAGGAGAGGGAGGAUAGAGAGAAUAGGAGAGAGUGCACUUCCCCAACAUUAGCAGAGGGAGAGAAAGAGCGAGAACGAUUGUGAGCAAGGAGAGGUAGAGCAAAAGCUUAAAGAGGGAUCUGCAUGGUAAGUAGCCAGAAGAGCGAACACUUAAAACAUUUUUUUUAAACUGCUUUUUGGUGGAGAAGGAGAAGAGGGAUACAACGGAGGAGUCUGGACCCUGUCGACCAGUUCCCCUGCCUGGGCACACUGGUCUUCAGACGAGUGGAGUAAAAAGUGAAGGAAAACGACUGAAGGGAAAGAAGCCGGGAGGAACACAAGGCAGUCAUGGAUAGCACAUAGAGGCUCAGCCAGACGCUAGGAUGGCCUGGAUUCUCACACUGUCGCUGGCAACCGUCCAGCCCAGAAGCUACUGAUACCCAUGAGCUCCCAUGUGUUCUCUCAGUCAUGCUUCCUGGGUAUGGAUUCUUCCCUCUCCCUGACUUCCAGCCUCAUCUACACGCCUUCCGUUUCCGAGGAAAGAGCCCCAGCAUGUGGAUCCCGGUCUCAGGCGAGUCCCAGGCUUUGAGCGAGGCCCAGGACAACAUGCCUCUCCUCCGGCAGUGCCACCACAAGCACAUCGCUGUGUGUCAGCAGGAGACUCUGACCUUCAUCGAGCUGCAGCCGCCUGUGACACCCAGUGUCAAAGGCUGGGGCUCCCCAAGUGCAGACACUCAACGCUUCAGCCCGUUGUCUCUGAAUCAUCGUAAACACACGAGUGAAGCACAAAUUGUCAGUGGGAGAAGUAAACCUGAUUAUUACACUGAUACUGAUAUGGACCUGAGUUUAGACUCUCAGACGCUAGGGGGCGAGGUUGAGCUGGUUAUCCAGGAAGAUAUCAGGACUAACCCUCCAGUGCAGGAGCAGUAUGAGAGACCCAUGACGGUGUCAUCUGUGUUUCUUCCCCUCCACGCAGCCCUCAGCCUGCCCCUGUCCCUCCCUCUGUCCUCCCUGUACAGAGACACAGACUCCUGGGACUCUCAGCCACCUGGCUCUCCAUCCUCUCCUGAGCUUCCGUGGCUGCAGAGCCCAGAUACCUGUCGACCCCAGAGGAGGUCAUCACAGAGCUCCCUCAGGGAAAAGUCCAUCCGGCGUAAGGUGCGGGUGUACUCACCAGACAGCCUGAGUGACGAGUCUCUGGCCAGCCCCAUUCUGGACGGCGACUACCUUUUCCCAGGACCCUUUGACUUCUUUCUGGAAGAGGACCUCGGGGGAGACCCCCAAACCCCCGACCCCCCAAAGAUUCCACCUCUGUCCGCAGAGCCACAUCGGUCGUCAGAGGACCCCUCUGUCUUGAACUCUGGGGCUGUAGAGAAUUCCUCGGCCACCGGGGGGAGCGCUUUAGCCUGCUCUCGUAUGGCGGAACAUGAGCGGCGGCGCUUCUCUGCCUCUGAGCUGAUCUCACGGCUGCAGCUGUCCCAGAGGAAGAACUCGUUCACGCUAAAGCUAGGCAAGUCGCUGUCGGCUCGCGUGGCUUCCCGUGACAGGCAGACCUCCAGCAACCUCAGCCCCAGCUCUGACUAUAAGUCCACUUCCAGGCACCGUGGCGCAGGUGGUUCCAGUCACAGCGCCCCCCACAGUCCUGUAGGACCUGUACCGCCACUACCCACUGCUGACAAUAACACGCAACAACAUCAACGGAGCACCGGAUUCACAAUCAAAAAUAUGAGGAAGAAAUCCAUCGAGGAGGAUUGGUGCACUCCUCCCACAGUCAGCAGCUCCAAUCGUCUGUCACGGUUUCUCCCCAGCUCAAUUCUGUACCAGGAGUACAGUGAUGUUGCAAUCAACCGAGAAAUCCAGAGGCAGCAGGGGGAGGAGCCAGGUGCUGAGGAGGAGAGGCUAGGGGUGAAAGGGGCUGGGGAGGCCCCAUCUCCGUCCAAUCUGUCUCCGUCAAGCUCCUUUUGCUCGUCACGAGGCUCCGCCUUCUCCCUGUGGCAGGACAUCCCUGAUGUCCAGACCAGCGAUCAGCUGGACAACUUCAGCAACGAGGAGCGCAAACUACAGGAGGCCAAGUUUGAGCUAGUGACGUCUGAGGCGUCGUACAUCCGGAGCCUGGCCAUCGCGGUGGAACACUUUAUGCUGUCCCAGGAGCUGGGGGAGUGUCUUGGGACCCAGGACAGACAGUGGCUCUUCUCCAAGCUCCCCGAGGUCAAGGACGUCAGUGAGCGGUUCCUGCAGGACCUGGAGCACAGGUUGGAGGAGGACAUCUUGCGUUUUGAUGUAUGCGACAUCGUCCUGGCCCACUGUCCCGCCCUGCGAAGGGUCUAUCUCCCCUACGUGACCAACCAGGCCUACCAGGAACAGACCUACCAGCGCCUGUUACAGGAGAAUGCUCGCUUCCCAGGUAUCCUGGCUCGUUUGGAGGAAGACCCCAUCUGCCAGCGUCUUCCCCUUGCCUCCUUCCUCAUCCUCCCCUUCCAGAGGAUCACACGGCUUAAGAUGCUGGUGGAAAAUAUCCUGAAGAGAACAACACCAGGCUCUAGGGGUGAGGACACAGCCACCAAGGCCUUCAAUGAACUGAAAAAGCUUAUAAAGGAGUGUAACUCCAGUGUGCAAUCAAUGAAGAGGAUGGAAGAGCUCAUUCACCUCAAUAAGAAGAUCCACUUUGAGGGCAAGAUAUUCCCUCUGAUCUCCCAGUCUCGCUGGUUGGUCAAACACGGGGAACUGCUGGAGGUGGACACACAGACCAUGAGUAUUUCUGGGUCAAAGUUCAAGUUGCCCACAAGGCCUGUGUAUCUGCAUCUGUUCAAUGACUGUCUUCUGCUGUCCAGGAGGAAAGACACGUGGAAGUUCAUGGUGUUUGUUCACGCUAAGAUUGGGCAGCUGAAGGUGAAGGACCUCAGUCAGAAGCUCCAGGGCAUCUCAGGCUUCAUCUUCCACCUCCAACUGUGUGAGGGCCAGCAGCUCAAACACCAGAUCCUGCUCAAGGCCCACACUGAGAGUGGGAAACAGAGAUGGAUCACAGCCAUGUUCCCCUCUGAUUCAUUGGAAGACAUUGAGCAAGCCAGUGAGAAUGAUGAUCUUUCUCAAGUUCAGUGCAUCAAGAGCUACCAGGCCCAAGAGCAUGACGAGCUAACAUUGGAGAAGGCUGAUAUUCUUCAAGCCAAGACCAUUACAAGUGACGGCUGGGUGGAGGGCAUUCGGCUGUCAGAUGGGGAGCGGGGCUGGUUCCCCAAAACCAAUGUAGAGGAGAUCACAAAUCGCAGUGCGCGUCUCCGCAACCUGAGAGAAAACAUCCGUAUCAAGUGUGUCACACAGAAACUGGAGGAGGAGCCCUUUUAAGUGUCCUCUCCACCCUGCAGCUUUUAACUUACACUUGGAAUGUCCAAUCGUAAUGGUGUAGUAACUCUCAACCCCAAAUAUCUAUAAGUCCCAGCUUUUACGCAACACCAGUUAUAUAAUAGCUGAGCAGUUUUAGGUGAUCUGGAUGUGGGAGCUUUAUUUAGUCUGCAGGUGCUCAUAAGAUUUGGUGUAUCUUGACCAUAAGCAAUAUAGCUAAGUCAUAUGGUUUUCCAGCUGCAUAGCAGUAAUUUCCUUUCCCUCAUGCUUGCUAUGACUGCAUAUUCAACUACUGUAACACAACUACUGGGACAUCAGAAAUCAAGUGUUUUUCUUUACCCCAAGCACUUUAAUUGUCAUCUUAAAGAGUCCUCUCAGCAUCAGAAAUAAACACAAUUUCAGACAUACUGUACAUUCAAAUCAUGACUAGCCUACUAAUUUACUAAUGGAAAAAGUCAAUUUCAACAAAACAUUGAGGAUUACAGAGUUUGUACAUCUUCCCUGUGAUUUGACAGUGAGAGCUGUUUACGCGUAGACAAAAAUUAAGAUGGAAGCACAUAAUAUUAUUGACCAACCACUACUACCAUCUACAUGUAGAAGUACACCAUUCCAUUGGCACAUUAUUAUUAUUUUUAAAUAUACCUUUGUUGGAUUUCUGAGUUGUUAGUACUAAUUUAAAUGAUUGCUGUUGCAGCAUGUUUAUUUGUUUAUGCUCCUAGCUGGUUAUUCUCUAUGGAGAAAAUGAUGUAAAUUUACAUUCUGUAGAUGUACUUACAUGUUUAAAUGAAUAUAUGUCUAAUUUACUAUUAUGACUGUAAUUUAUAAGGGCCAGGAUCUGCCAAAAACAUGCCAUACCAUUAAAACAAAUAUUAGAAUUGAGAAAUAUAAAUUACAAAAGACUAAUAACACAUGUGAGCUACUUGAGAUUUCUGGUUGUGUGCACAAUACUGUAAAUGCUUUACCCCUGAAAUAAAUGCACCUAAUUACAUUUUUCAGUGAUUUAAAUGACUACUGAAAAUGUUUUUUUCAAUAAUACUAAUAAUAGUAGGUGAAGCCUGAAUGUAUGUGGACAUGACAUAAAGUUUGAGUUACUUGUACAAAAUAAGUAGGCCUACGAAAUUUGGGAAAAGUAGUGAUGAAAAAAACGUUUUUAUUGAGUUUGUACAUACAUUAUCAACAACAACAUAAUAGAAAAGGUCAUGAACAGCACUACAUUUUCUAUUUUGGUUUAAACAGCGAUUUGCCGAAAAAUAUUGUAAGAUCAGUGCACUAAAAAUAUUCUCCCAAUUUAGCCUAUCCAUUGGUAUUACUGUCACUAGUGAAGCAGAGUUCUACAGACAGUAACCUACAGCAUAAGAAAUUUCACCAGAAUCUCUUAAUUUCAUUGUACCAGACUGAAUAAUGUAUGCAUAUACACUGUAUACAGUACAUGCUGUCCACAAUUUCAGUGUCUAUUGAUGAAAAGAGGCAUGAGUCUUCUAUUGAGUGAGGCCAUUGGCCAGUGAGUCUCAGUCUUGUGCUACUGUCAUUGGUUCCUGGGACUCCUUCCUGCUCCGCAGUUUUUUCGGCAUGAGGGGUGGAGCCGUGUGAUUUGAGGUAGCUUGGAGUUUUUUUUCCAGCUAUGUGAGAAAAUAAAUCCAUUUUUAGGUUAUUACAUUUUGGGACUACCUUUGGGGACUUACUUUCACUAACUUGAUUUCUUCUGUAAAUUAAUCUGCUAUCACAACAGUUCAAGGCUGUUCACAAAAUGGAUAAACAUAUAUGGCUCAAUUGGAAUCAAUAUGCACUGCUCAAAAAAAUAAAGGGAACACUUAAACAACACAAUGUAACUCCAAGUCAAUCACACUUCUGUGAAAUCAAACUGUCCACUUAGGAAGCAACACUGAUUGACAAUAAAUGUCACAUGCUGUUGUGCAAAAAUGCACAUUUGUGGCCUGCUGGAGGUCAUUUUGCAGGGCGCUGGCAGUGCACCUCCUUGCACUAAGGCGGAGGUAGCGGUCCUGCUGCUGGGUUGUUGCCCUCCUACGGCCUCCUCCACGUCUCCUGAUGUACUGGCCUGUCUCCUGGUAGCGCCUGCAUGCUCUGGACACUACGCUGACAGACACAGCAAAACUUUUUGCCACAGUUUGCAUUGAUGUGCCAUCCUGGAUGAACUGCACUACCUGAGCCACUUGUGUGGGUUGUAGACUCCGUCUCAUGCUACCACUAGAGUGAGAACACCGCCAGCAUUCAAAAGUGACCAAAACAUCAGCCAGGAAGCAUAGGAAUGACAGUGAGAGCUGUUUACGCGUAGACAAAAAUUAAGAUGGAAGCACAUAAUAUUAUUGACCAACCACUACUACCAUCUACAUGUAGAAGUACACCAUUCCAUUGGCACAUUAUUAUUAUUUUUAAAUAUACCUUUGUUGGAUUUCUGAGUUGUUAGUACUAAUUUAAAUGAUUGCUGUUGCAGCAUGUUUAUUUGUUUAUGCUCCUAGCUGGUUAUUCUCUAUGGAGAAAAUGAUGUAAAUUUACAUUCUGUAGAUGUACUUACAUGUUUAAAUGAAUAUAUGUCUAAUUUACUAUUAUGACUGUAAUUUAUAAGGGCCAGGAUCUGCCAAAAACAUGCCAUACCAUUAAAACAAAUAUUAGAAUUGAGAAAUAUAAAUUACAAAAGACUAAUAACACAUGUGAGCUACUUGAGAUUUCUGGUUGUGUGCACAAUACUGUAAAUGCUUUACCCCUGAAAUAAAUGCACCUAAUUACA